CUGUAGUCCCUGAACGCAGCACGCCCUGUUAGGAGUUCAGGGUGGAGAUGAGGAACGAGGCAUGCCGUGCUCUGGGAAAACUGACAGAACAGGCCAGGGCAAAGACAUCAUGAUGGAAUGUACGAAGUUUCUUGGAUUGCAUUGUCCCCAGGAAUAUCCUUCCCUGCUCUGUGAUAACUUGCUGGGUCCUAAGGACGAAACAAGUUUGCAGCUGGCACUGAGUAACCCUCGUCCCUUCCAAGACUCUGCAGGCUGCUGUGGUAUCAGUGCUGGGGACACUGCUAGUGGCCACGUCCUUCUGGGAGAACUCUGUGCUAUCGCACGCACCUCAAUCUUUUCUUCUCUGAAAAGGAAUGUUCUGGAGAAACACUUGCCUCAGUGCAGCUCAUCUGUGUCCUUCCCUGUCCUGAGGACCUGCCGCUGUUCCAGUGAACGCUUUCAACAUCUCUGUUCUCCUUCCAAGUUCUCAAGCUGCUGCUGCCUUUCAACUCCAUGUUUCCUGCGCUUUGGGCUUUUUGAACGAAUAAGAGUCCUGAAGCAGAACUCUCCUAAAAGAGAGGUUUGGCAUUUGCUUUUUUCACCUCUUUAUUCGCAGAACUAUUAUAUAUCUGAUAUAGAAAAUGAAGUUGUAAAAUAUAACCUACUGAAACAAAUGAAUGAUGAGUAGAAUUCAUCAUACAGGACUUCCCUGGUGGCGCAGUGGUUAAGAAUCUGCCUGCCAAUGUAGGGGACACGGGUUUGAUCCCUGGUCCAGGAAGAUCCCACAUGCCGUGGAGCAAUUAAGCCCAUGUGCCACAAGUACUGAGCCUGAGUUCUGCAGCCCGCAAGGCUCAAAUACUGAGCCUGCGAACCACAACUACUGAAGCCCGUGCACCCUAGAACCCGCACACUG